AUGUCGAGUGACAACACGCAACAACAAGGCUUCUUCGGUGUGGAGCACCAGACCUCGGGCUCGGGCACCAUUACCCCGGGCGCUCCGGUGACGGAGAUCUCCCAGACGCCGGCACUCGAGGCCGGUAACCCCUUCGACAAGAUGUCCAUUCCGCAAGAGGCCCGCAACCAGCACAUUGUGGGUCAUACCGGUGAAAAGGUGGGCGAUAAAAAGUACAAGAUCUUGCUUGCCAUGGACGGCACGGAGGCCAGUGACCUUGCCUUCAAGUACGUGAUGGAGAAGAAGGUGUUCAACCCUGAGAGCCACAUCUUCUUGACCACUGUUCUCCCGGCGAACGUUCUUGGUGGCCCGUGGGUGUCUGGCCCGCUCUCGAUCGAUGCCCGCAAGCAGAACGAGCUGCUUAAGCAGCUGCGUCAGCAGGCGGUGGAGCGUAUGAACCCGUACCGCAAGGAUCUCCAGAAACAGGGCUUCUCGGUGACGAUGCACGUUCUCCACGGUGACGUUCGUGCCUCGCUCCUGAAGGUGUGUGACUUCCACAAGGUCGACAUUAUUGUGGUCGGCAAGCGCAACCUGGGCUGGAAGCGUGCUCUGAGCAGCGGUACCAUCUCGUCGUACCUCGUCAACCACUCGCCGGUGCCUGUGCACGUUGUGAAGUAA